AUGGGGAGAGCUGCCCAGAAAACCCUCCUCUCUUUACUCUGUCUAGCAGCAGCGGUUUGCCAGGCUCAGGACACCUGCCCAGAAGUGAGCUUAGUGGGUUUCAACAGUAAAGUGUCCAUUCUCCAAGGCUGCCCUGGAAUUCCAGGUGCCACAGGACCCAGAGGAGACCCAGGAAAUCCAGGAACACAAGGACAACGGGGACCUCAGGGGAUCCCUGGAAAGGUGGGACUAACUGGCCCAAAAGGAGAAAGAGGUCCUGUUGGCGCCCUUGGAGUGAAAGGAGAAAAAGGACCCCGGGGAGCUAUGGGAGCCCCUGGAACAGCUGUGGAGGAAGACCUGGAAGACAAACAGUGUAAGAAAGGAGCAAAGAACUGCAAGGAGCUGUUAACUAGAGGGAAAAUCAUGAGCGGCUGGUACACCAUCUACCCCCAUGACUGUAACGCCAUGACCGUGCUGUGUGACAUGGACACAGAUGGUGGAGGAUGGAUUGUGUUCCAGAGACGGAUGGAUGGUUCUGUGGAUUUUUACCAUGACUGGAAUUCAUACAAAAGAGGUUUUGGCAGCCGGCUGUCAGAAUUCUGGCUGGGGAACGACAAUAUCCAUCUGUUAUCAUUCCUUGGUCCCCAGGAGCUUCGCGUCGAUCUCAGAGAUUUUGACAACAACUAUGAAUUUGCUCUCUUCUCGUCAUUCAAAGUUGCAGGAGAGACUUCGAAAUACAUGCUGUUCAUUGGGCCCUUUGUUAAUGGCACUGCAGGGGAUUCCUUAACUGACCACAACGGCAUGAUGUUUACAACCUACGACCAGGACAAUGACAGGUCUGAGAUUAACUGUGCUGUAGCCUAUAAAGGGGCCUGGUGGUACCGGGAAUGUCAUAUGUCCAACCUGAACGGAUUAUACCUGAAAGGAGCCCAUGAAAGCUAUGCUGAUGGGGUGAACUGGGCUUCAAAGAAAGGGUACCAGUAUUCCUACAAGAUGACAGAGAUGAAAAUGAGGCCCGUGUAGCUAAUCAGGGACGCAAUUGUAACAAUUACACUUAGCUCUUAUAUAGCAAUUAUAGGCCUGUCAUAUUGAACAUUAAUCUGCAGAUGACAAUAAAGAUCUUUUCUUUAUCCACCAG